ACUCUACGCGCAUCAUAACUACGAUUCUCCUAUCAAUUGCCCGUCGCGAGCUUUAAUUAGCCUGCCUAAGCUUCAUCAUGUCCUUCUUAAGAUCUUCCGCAUCCCGCGCUUCCUCUUUCGCACGAAUUGCGCGCCCGACCAGGUAUAUCCGCGCCGCCGAGCUCCAGCCAUGGCAACGAGCUGUGCAGCGCAGAACCUACGCCAGCGGCCACGGCUCACAUGGUGAAACUAAGAGCAGUGAUGUCCCAUGGAUAGGCGCAGCUGUCAUCGGCACUGGUGUCGGUCUCUACGUUGUCCUCAACCAAGAUACAAACCACGGUGCCGAACACCACCCUCUCGGUGAACCCCACGGCGAAGGAGAUGCCCCCAAGCAUGGUACCGAUUCGACCGUAAAGAAGACGGACGAGAAGCCCGAGGAGGAGCCCAAGGAAGAGCCCAAGAAGGAAUCCGAGGAAAAGUCCGAGGAAAAGCCAAAGAGCGAGCACAAGGACCCUUCCAAGCCCACCAAGGAGAACAGUGAGGAAAAGGACAAGCAGUCUCCCGAUGAGUCUGACAAGGCCGACCCUCGUAAAGAGGAGACCAAGAGCACCAACGAGACGUCUGGCAAGCAAAAAGGCUUGUCCAACGACAACACUGAGCACACUUCGCCGAUUUCCGAGCACUCCGAGAAGAGCAAGAAGGGUGAGGGCGUUGCUGAAACCGCUAAGCUGCAAGGAACCGUCUCGACGGAUCGUCCUGGCGCGGAAAACAAGGAGGAGCGUGGUAAGACCAAGGUCGAUAAGGACGCAUAAGCAUGAUACAUGUUCAUAUCCUCUCCAUCUGGAUUGCCUGAGAAGCUACGAGGCGACCAUGCACGUCGUCUCCCUUGUAUAAUGUGUGUUAUCAAAUCAACCAAUUACAUGGAUACUUACUG